AUGAGUAUCGACGAGUGCAACAACAAGGGCCCCAAGACCCAGAUGCUCCAUCUUGGGCUCUACGUUGUUGCUCAAGAGGUCCUGUAUCACGAAUUCAUUCUCGGAUAUGGAGACUCGUGGAAGUCAAAGAGAUACAGCUGGGACCGGCGGUUGACUUCUUUCAUGCGGACCAUGAGUCGACGUCGUGAUCUUGCAGCCCGCGUUCAGAGAGUCUCCAUCCACCCGCUCCUCCUAGAACCUCUCGACAAGCCAAAAGACACCACGAAGCCUCCUCGUCUUAUGAGGGCUCCUGCUAUUGGCGAAGCGCGCAUGGCUCUGAAGAGAUCCGCUGCGGCCCUCGGCGUUGACCUAGCUGCCGUCUGGAAACCACGCUGGACCGAAGACCAACUGAGAUUGGUAUUUCCUUGUGAAGACUUUCUCUCAGCAUUUUUGAACCCUAACAGCAAGAAUCGGAGACGUCUUAGGGAAGCCUUGGAGUCAAGCCAGAAAGACCAAGGACAUCGGGUGCUGGCAGCCGAAAUGGUAGCGAUGCUCAUAGCCCUCCUCCCAAAUCUCCAACACCUCAGUCUACUUGAAGAUGGCACUCAUUGGCCCCAACUCGGCUUCCCUAACCCAGCCUUGAAAGCCUUGGGCGUAUCGAACCUACCACUCAAGGUCCUCGAUACCGAAAUUCCUCGCCGCAUGGUCCCAGUGUUGGCAACCAGCCUCGAGGAGCUCAACAUCCACCACUGCCAGCAGUUCUACGGUUGUCCCAGGAUGCCUGCUCUCAAGGUACUCCGUGUCUCUUACGUUGAUAUCAACAAGGACUACCUCGACACGUUAAUGUCUUGCUGCACAGGCAGUCUACACACUUUCGUGUAUGAGACGCUGGGACCAGAUGGGACGAUCGACCAAAACGUCAAUGAACACGCUAAACCUCAGCCCAAAGACAUCAUCGAGCAUCUGGAAACGGGGCACAUUGAAACUCUACAAACUCUACACCUGGAUAUGCGCGUUGGUUACUACGGCGCUGGGGGCAGCGACCAGGUCAACAUCCGGCACUUCUCGGCACUACGCCAUGUCCUGCUAAGCUCCAACAUGAUAUUUGGAUGGCAAGGCAAUGAGAAUAGCGAAGAAAAGUCGACACUGCUGGCAAAUAUUCUCCCCGAAACCAUUGAGACGUUCUGCCUCGUCUGUCCCGGCCCUCAACGACACACCUCCAUCGAAGCGGGACUGAUCGGCCUAGCCAAUCUCAAGCAGCGUCAUACAGAGCGGUUUCCCAACCUCAAGAGCAUCAGCGUCGCUGCAUUACGGCCCUUUGGUAACGAGACCAUGGGGCCAAUGAUAGAGGCAACGGGUAUGAGCUUCUAUUUCGAGAGGUGGCCCAGGACUGACGCUCCCGCGGCGUCUUCGCCGCCCGUCGCCAUCGUCUGUGUGGGAAUGGCAGGAUCUGGAAAGACAACCUUUAUGCGCCGCAUCAAUGCUCACCUCCACCAGAAGGAGACCCCUCCCUAUGUCAUCAACCUCGACCCCGCCGUCCUCUCCGUGCCCUUCGAGUCCAACAUCGACAUCCGCGACUCGGUCAACUACGAGGAGGUCAUGAAGCAGUACAACCUCGGCCCCAACGGCGGAAUCCUGACGUCGCUGAACCUCUUUGCCACAAAGGUUGACCAGAUUGUCAACUUGCUCGAGAAGCGCGCCCAGCCCGAUCCCGAGAAGCCCGAGCGCAAGCCCAUUGACAGGAUUCUGGUUGAUACGCCCGGCCAGAUCGAGGUGUUUGUCUGGUCGGCCUCUGGAACCAUUCUUCUCGAGUCUCUUGCGUCGUCUUUUCCUACCGUCAUCGCCUACGUUAUCGAUACCCCACGAACUGCGUCCACUUCAACAUUCAUGUCCAACAUGCUCUACGCCUGCUCCAUUCUCUACAAGACCAAACUGCCUAUGAUUCUCGUCUUCAACAAGACUGAUGUCAAGGAUGCCGAGUUCGCCAAGGAGUGGAUGACCGACUUUGAGGCCUUCCAGGAGGCGCUGCGACGAGACGAGGAGUCGGAUGCGCUCGGCGGAGUGGAGGGUGGUGGUCACGGAGGAAGCGGAUACAUGGGCAGCCUGCUCAACUCGAUGAGUUUGAUGCUGGAGGAGUUCUACGCACACUUGAGCGUGGUUGGAGUGAGUUCGCGACUAGGCACCGGAGUGGACGAGUUCUUUGAGGCGGUCGAGGAGAAGAAGCAAGAGUUCCUACGUGACUACCUCCCUGAGCUGGAGAGGAGAAGGGCAGAGCGCGACGAGCAAAAGAAGGCAGCCCGAGAGAAGGAGCUGGACAAGAUGAUGCAGGGAAUGACAGUUGGCGGACAGCCAGCGCCCAAGAAGGACGACGACGACGACGUGGACGUUCCGAGCGACGAUGAUGACACAGACUCGGACGACGAGGUCAAGAAGCAGAGCCUCCAGGAGCGAUACCAAGCCGCCAUGGGCGACAACGAGGACUCCGUCAUGGCGGACGCGAGUUUCGCCAAGUACCUCCACACACAGAGGCAAUGA